AUGAAUUUAAUUAGUGGUUUAUCAAGUAUAUUAGCUAUAGGUUUAUUAUCACCGGUACAAAGUAUAUUAUGUUUAAUAAUAUUAUUUGUAAGUACAGCUAUAUGUUUAUAUAAUCAAGGUUUUAUGUUAAUGGGUAUAUUAUAUGUACUUAUAUAUGUAGGAGCUAUAGCUAUAUUAUUCUUAUUUAUAUUAUCAUUAUUAAAAAUAGAAUAUAUAGAACAAGGUUCAAUGUCACCUUUAAUAUUAACUAUAUUAAUAGUAUGUUUAUUACCAUUAGAUAUAUUUAAUAUAUAUGAAACAGAUAAUAUAAUAGAAGAAGUUAGUACUGUUUGAAACGAAUUAACAAUUGUUGGUAAUCAAUUUUAUACAGAAUAUGCUGUAUUAUUAAUAAUAGUUGGUUUAAUUUUAAUAUUAUCUGUUAUAGGGGCUAUAAGUAUAACUAGAUAA